GCGAUGAACCGAUUGUGAAGCGUUAAACCUAAGAGCAAGACAAUACCCAAACCUUAACCCUAAGGCGUGCCACAAUCAUUCUUGGUUUAUGAUUUGAUUGAUUUGUUGGCUUCUUUAAUUAUGGCAUCCGAGAGCGCUUCUCGAUCUAGUUCUGCCGCCGAUUCUUAUGUUGGCAGUUUGAUAAGCUUGACCUCCAAGAGUGAGAUCAGAUAUGAAGGCAUUCUAUACAAUAUUAACACCGACGAGUCUAGUAUUGGGCUCAUAAACGUGCGAUCAUUUGGAACAGAGGGGAGGAAAAAGGAUGGCCCACAAAUUCCUCCUGGCGACAAGGUGUAUGAGUAUAUACUGUUUCGUGGGAGCGACAUCAAGGAUUUACAGGUUAAAUCUUCUCCACCUGUACAGCAUGCUCCGCCAAUCAACAAUGACCCUGCUAUUAUUCAGUCUCACUAUCCUCGCCCAGUCACUACAUCUGCCAGCUUACCUUCAUCUGGAAGUGGGCCUUUGAAUGAUCUUAAUUCUCAUACAACUCAGCUUGGAAUGCCUGGGUCAAAUUUUCAGGGGCCCUUGCCCUUGUAUCAGCCGGGAGGGAACCCAGGAUCAUGGGGAGCCUCACCAGCUGCCCCAAAUGCAAAUGGUGGUGGUCUUGCUAUGCCAAUGUAUUGGCCAGGAUAUUAUGGUGCCCCAAAUGGCCUCCCCCAUAUACCCCAGCAAUCUUUGCUCCGACCACCUCCUGGCUUAUCAAUGCCUUCUACAAUGCAGCAGCCAAUUCAGUAUCCUAAUUUCAACCCUGCUCUUCCGACUGGAUCUUCAACUUUGCCAGAACUCCCUCCAUCUUCAGUCUCUGCCAGUUCUAGUUUGCCUGUUGUAACAUCUGCGUCUUUACCACCACCAAAUCUGGCAUCAACUUUACCUCCAGUACCUUCUGCUACAUUAGCUUCUGAAACUUUGCCUGUAUCAGUGCCAAACAAGGCACCUGCUAUUUCACUUGUGGCAGCCACACUCGCAGCUAACCUACCAUCAUUGACUCCUUUGGUUGCCUCCAGUCCAGACGUAAAUGCUAUAGUGCCACCAAUCUCCAACAAACCUAAUGCAGUUUCAAGUUCAAGCUUGCCAUAUCAAUCUGUAUCCCAACUGGCGCCUGCCAAUGUUGGGACAACAAGUUCUGUCCGUACAGAAACAACAACCCCUUCUCUGGUAACGCCAGGUCAAUUAUUGCAGUCGGGACCAACAAUAAUUUCUUCGUCUAAUUCUGUGCAAACCUCCCAUAAGGAUGUUGAAGUGGUUCAGGUCUCAUCAACAUCAUCUCCAGAUCUUAUUGUGCCAGUUUCUGCUGAAAAUCAACCCCCAAUACUGCCAUUGCCUGUGACUUCACGGCCUACUCACAGGCCUAGUGGAGGCGCUCAAAGUUAUCAUCAUCAUAAUUAUGGUUACAGGGGUCGUGGAAGAGGAAGAGGAACUGGGGGUCCACGCCCAGUCACAAAAUUUACCGAAGAUUUUGAUUUCAUGGCGAUGAAUGAGAGGUUCAAUAAGGACGAAGUAUGGGGUCAUCUUGGUAAAAGCAAGUCACAUUCAAAAGAAAAAGAUGGGGAAGAAAAUAUUAGCGAUGAGGAUGAUAUUCAAGAUGGAUACAAUGGCGAAGAACCAAAAAUGGAUGUCAAGCCUGUUUACAAUAAGGAUGAUUUCUUCGACACAAUAUCUUGCAAUUCGCUUGACUAUGAUCCACAGAAUGGAAGGACCAGAUAUUCUGAACAAAUUAAGAUUGAUACUGAGACAUUUGGUGAUUUUAUGAGGCCUCGGGGUGGUCGAGGGGGCCGUGGCCUGUUACGUGGUGGUCGUUCUCGGGGUGGUUAUUAUGGGAGAGGAUAUGGUUAUACACCAAGAGGUAGAGGACGUGGCAUGUUGGGUCGUCCUUAGGUGGCUUUUUAUGUUUUGAGUUUCGUGGGCAGAAGUCACUUCCUAAAGCAGCAAAUUAUCUAGAGGCUAUGCUGCAUUUUCUGUUUUCUCCGGUUUGUUUUUCCGCUCAAUAAGUAGGACAUUGGCUUAGCUCUUCAUUUGCCCACUUUUGUUACCCUGAAUCACCUGGCUGGAUGGAAAAAAUUCUACACCAUUUUUAUUUAAUUAGUGAAUCAAGAAGGUAAAAGGUUAGACUAGUUUCUUUGCAAUAUAUGUGUUGUUAAGGAAUGUAAGCAAAUCAGCCCAGAAUUAUUUUGCAUUGUAAAUGCAAGUCACUUUUUUUAGGCAUGCGAUAGAGUCGUGACAAAUUUUUUGCCGUUGUGCUAAUGACUGUAUUUAUGGAAAAUUUGUGAAGUAGUAGGACAUGCAUGUGCAUGCUUAGGCUUUACAAAUAUUUGACUUCCAAUAUAACACGUAAUUUAAUUA